UUUUGGGCUCAUGGCGAACUAUGCAGCAGGCCCAGCCUUUGGUCAGCCCAAGAAGCAAAAGCUUCGCGCUAAUGGGCCUCUAAAUCCAGUGCCAGUUCACUUCGAGCCCAUAACUGUGUCCUCUGUCCUCCUUGGUUUCCUUUUCCUCUCCGGCUCCGUCGCCGUCCAGAUGCUCACGCUGCUGUGCUCGCGUGCCGUCGCCCUCCCACUCGCUCCGCCUCCACGCUUCCUUCACCGCCUGCCGCACCCGCGCGCCUCCUCCUCCUCUUCCUCGCUCCCGCCGCCGCCGCCGUCGGGGAUGGAGACCUCCUACAAGUUCGGCCCCUACAAGAUCGACGCCAGGGAGGUCUUCCACGCCACGCCCCUCUCCUACGCCAUGGUCAACCUCCGCCCCCUGCUCCCCGGUCAUGUUCUUGUGUGCCCCAAGCGUGAAGUGAAAAGAUUUGCUGAUCUAAGUUCUGAUGAAACAAGUGACUUAUGGGUUACUGCAAAGGAAGUUGGUGCACGUCUUGAGCAGUACCAUAAAGCAACUUCACUUACCUUUGCUAUUCAGGAUGGUCCUCAAGCUGGCCAAACAGUCCCACAUGUCCACAUUCACGUCAUCCCAAGGAAGAAAGGGGAUUUUGAGAAAAAUGAUGAAAUAUAUGAUGCGAUUGAUGUGAAAGAGAAAGAAUUGAAGGAGAAGCUUGACCUGGACAUUGAGAGGAAAGAUAGAAGCAUGGAAGAAAUGGCUCUUGAGGCCAAUGAGUACCAUGCUCUUUUCUCCUAGAAUUGCAUCUAGUAUAGUUAGUUUCUAAGUUGAGCUGACUGCUUGCCACAAAUAAGUCUAUGGGCUGGUCCCUAUAAGAUGGGAGUUGAAGGAUAGAGGAGGUUGCGGGCUCUACGCUAAUGGCCACUGUCGAGUUAUAUAUAAUGUAUGAAGCCUAAACAUUGUACUAUGUUCCUACAUUAAAUACAAUAUUCUGUUGCCCUAAUGUGUUGGGAUGUUGCUGCAGCGGCAAGACACCAUAUUUUAUCUUGUAACUAAUUCGGACAUGUCAAGUGAACAUGUUUGGAAAUCUUUGGAUCUGAUAUGAUAUCAUAUCACACCUUCUUCCUUAA